AUGAAGCUCCACCCUCUCUGGCUGCUCGCCCUCCUGGUCACCCUGGUGACCUCGACCGCCAUCAAGGCAGGCUGUGGCUGCGCCCUCGCCACCGACAACGACAGUAACAACGACCAGGUCUCCCACGAAUCCAUCCUCGCUUAUGUGAAGUGCAUGCACGGUUGCACUGAACACGCUUCCAUCAAGAAAGCCCUGGACGGGUACAUCAGUCUCUACACUCGUGAUAAUGUCGUGACCGAACCAGCCUCUGUCCCAGAUACCGACGUCGAUGCGUCCUCUCCUGAUUCUGGUAUCGACAUCAACAUCGCCUCCAUCGAAGAGUACACUCUCGAUAGCAAUGAGGAUGACGACAUGAACCUUCUGGUUAAUGCUGAGGCUGAUACCUUCGAUAUCGCGGACGACACCACCGACCCCGCGAACACAAACACCACCACCACCAUGACAACCCGCACCGCGCCCCCCGCCGCGGCCGACGACUUGUCGACCCGGGACCGCAAAUGCCACCGUCGCUGCCGCCGCACCAAGGAUUGCUGCCACACCGACAUCUGCUACUCCGGGGUGUGUCUGGGCCCUGGCAAGUCGCCUUAG